CAAAUACCUAUAAAAACCACCUCACAAAAACAUCAAAAAUCUCAAAAUUCUUUGAUAUACAUAAUAAUCACAUUUGUUUCAAUUUCAUUACGAUGAAAACAUGCACAACAUAUUGCAAGAGAGUUUUCAACUCAUUCGACGAGGACAGAGAUGGCAAGAUAACUCCCUCGCAGCUGCAGAGCUGCCUAGCGAUGAUGGGCGGCAGGCUGUCAUCCGAGGAGGCAGAGAUGGUGGCUCAGCCUCUCCUCUCCAGCGGGCUGGUAGGGCUGGCCGAGUUUGCCAGCUUAGUGGAGGGCGACGGCGAAGAGGAUAAGAGGGAAGACUUGAGAAAGGCGUUUGAGAUGUAUAAGAAUGAAGGGGAAGAAUGCAUCACCCCAAGAAGCUUGAAAAAUAUGUUGGGGAGAUUGGGAGAUUGGAGUGUGGAUGAGUGUGUUGUGAUGAUCAACAAAUUUGAUGUUAAUGGAGAUGGGGUGCUUUGUUUCCAAGAAUUUCAAUUGAUGAUGAUGAUCAACUAGCAAUUUGUAAAUAUUUAUUUAUUCUUUUCAUUACAAGGGAAACUUAUUGCCUACUGAGUUUUA